AUGACAACGACAUUUUCCAUUCGCAAGACUACUGCUGCUGCUGCUGCUGCUGCUUCUUCCCACAAGUGCAAGUAUAUCAAGCCCCGUGCCAUCCAAUCACCUGCCGCCUUACCGUUGCACACCUCACUUCCUCCUUCUCCGCCGCAUAAACAGCAGCAACUACAACAUCAUCCAACAGCAUCCUCGGUCGAUAGUACUCUCAGCACAAACAGCAGAGAUGUCAUUGUUGGUGAUCAAUGGCUUGUCCUAUCAAGAAUAGGCGAAGGCUCUUUUGGUGAAGUAUUUGAAGCCGAGGACAUUGACACCCAUCGACAUUAUGCCAUCAAGCGUGAACCACUUGACACACCUUUUUCUCAAUUACGACAUGAAAGCAUCAUGUAUGAUGUAUUAGCAGGUGGCCCUGGUAUUCCCCAAUGCCUGUGGUAUGGCGAACACGAUGACUUUGCAUGCAUUGUGAUCGAUCUCCUUGGAUCCAGCUUAUCACAAUUACGCGAGACGGUAGCCUACAUGUCCAUUGACACGGUAGUUGACCUUGGUUGCCAAAUGGUUACCAUCCUGGAACAUAUCCACAAUCGAGGCGUGGUGUAUCGCGACGUGAAACCAGACAACUUUUUAUUCCCUGCAAACUGCCAUUUGCCAACAACGACAAGCGUGGCUUCAUGUGCCGAUGUCUUUGACACCAACAAUAUUCCUCAGCUGAGCGUGGUUGAUUUUGGUCUUGCAACAUGGUGGCGUAAUCCACAAACGCAUAAACCAUAUCCACAAAGCAAACGCCGUAUCAAGCAUAAAACAGGGACAGCACGUUACGCAUCACUCAAUGUGCAUCGAGGCAAAGUGCAUGCUCGUCGUGAUGAUCUUGAAAGUCUCGGCUAUCUAUUGUUGGAUCUACUCAUCGGCACAUUGCCAUGGACCGGCAUUCAAGCAAAGAGCUCCAAAGCUGGAUGGGAUCGUAUGCGUGAGCUCAAAGAAAAUACCGAUCUUAGAGAUCUUUGUGCUGGAUUGCCACGUGGUUUACUUGAAUUUGUUGCCUAUACAAGAAGUCUUCAUUUUGCCGACACGCCUGAUUACGAUUACCUGAGACGGAUGUUACGUGAAUCGAUUGGUCAUGGUGAACUUGCAAAGUCCGUACCAGAAAAGUCUCCAUCCUUAUCAUCAUCAUCAUCCCAUCAUCAUCAUCAACAACAACGACAUGUAAAAGGUGGUACAACGACGAGUACAACAACAACAGCAGAGGAAGGUGUAUUUGUCAUGGAUGAUCUUGCACAUGAGUUGUCAGCAGUCGAUAUUCAACAACCCAAUUAUCGACAAGGACGACGAAGACGAAGAAAUAGUAGCAACAAUCAUCGAAAACGUUCCACUAGCAAAGGUAGUCUCCAUCACAAUACACCGAGACGUGGCAACAAUGCGCCAACUACGACGACACCACCAUCGCCACCCUCUCCAUGUUCCAUCUCGGCUGGUACUACUGGUGGUAGUAGUAAGCAUCAACAACAACAUGCACAACGUAAGAAACAUGGUGGUUCUUUGGUGGGUUGGAAUACGCACAAAAGUUCACGUGUAGCAGCAUCUGCGGUGUCAAAACAAAAAGUGGAAGAGGUGACAGCAACGCCUAUGGAUGAUGAAUGGAACAAAAUGAUGCUAUGGGGAGAAAAGCAAGCCUGCUGGGGACAACAGGAUCAACGCCAACACCCUCCUCCAUGGUUAUAG